AUGAUGAUGAACAAAUCUUCACCUCAACCAAACCAUUUUGAUGAUUAUGGAUUUGAUCUACAACAGGAUUUUUCUCAGUUUUUGGAGGAAGCAAAGGAACAUGGACAAGAAACAAAGCAAAAGAAUUCAUCAGUGUAUCCUGAAGAAGGAUCUAAGAAAAGAGGAUCAGAGAAAGAUAGAAAGGGAAAGAAAUCAUGGAAGAGUUCAUUGAUUUCGUGGUGGAAAUUUGAUAAGAACAACAAGGUUAAAGAAGCAUCCAACAGCAAUAGUUCUAAAUCUAAAGUUUCUGAGAGAAGGCAAGGUCAUGUCUCUGGUCCUAUAAUGCAUAACUCUUACAAAGGUUAUGAAGGGAAAAACAAGCGUCCAUUUUCUGGACCUUUGACAAGUUUGUUUAAAUCUACUAAGAGAGAAGAGAAUGGGGUACCUUAUAUGACUCUAGAUCAACAAAAUAGUCCGCACCCGGUUCAAAAUUAUGGUCCCGUUUAUAAGGUCACUUGA